GUAGCUACCGUUGCUGGCUUCACACGCUCUUCAGCCCAUAAACAUGGGAAGAGGCUGUUUUCUAGUUUGAUUGUUUGGCCAGUAGUUUGAAUCUGAAAACGUAUUGCACCGAAUAACUUAAAUGCCGAUAUUCUGAACGGCUUGCUGAGCCGAAUUUAAGAAAAGCAUCAGGUAUUCUUGACGUAGUGAGCACUGAAGUCUGCACGAGAGACGCAACAUGGAGAGGCAGGUGAAGGCAAUUUCCCAGCACGUUGAUGCGAGUCACAGACAAGCUUGUUCUGACCUUGAGAGGGCCAGACAGUUCAUCACUGAAGCACUACAGAAGAAAGAAAUUUCCCACAAUGUUGAUGUGAGUCACAGACAAGCUUGCUCUGACCUUGAGAAGGCCAGACAGUUCAUCACUGAAGCACUAGAGAAUGAAGACCAGAGGAACGUGGCUCUGCACUCGUUAAUCCAGCGUCUGGAAGAGAGUGCGUCUGAAGGUGUGAGGAUCCUUUCAGAGCAGGUGGAGUCAAACCGGCAGCUAAAUUCCCAGAUCCAUGAACUCGAGAAUCACCUGGAGGAGAAAGACCUCUCACUAGCACAAGCCAAUGAGACUGUUGCUGCCCUGAAGACUGAACUGAGGAAGCUGCAACAGCGGCUGCAGAGUAGCCACGGGGCGAUUCAGGAAGUGACUGAGUGGCUGCAGGAUGACGAGGCCAAGCCCAAUGUUGUGGAAGAAGAUGGAGAAUCUGAAGUGACUCCAGUCCAAAGGUCCGGGAGGAUCAAUUCUCCCCCUGAUCUGGUAUAUCUGGACCAGCUGAAAAGGUUGCCUAUGCAACUAGUUGACUGGUCCACAACAUUAGGUCUGCAAGGAACAGAGGAAGAAGGAACGGAGAGCCAAGACACAGAAACACCCAAACAGAGUAGAGGAUCACUGCUGCCAUCGUCUGCAAACCAGUUUAUUGACAUAGGAGAGAAGAACCACCACUGCCAACUCUGUGGGAAAGCAUUUUUAAAGGCAAAACACCUACAUCAACAUCAGCUCAUUCACACAGGAGAGAAGAAAUACCAGUGUGAACAGUGCGAGAAACGGUUUUCGCGGGCAGACCAUCUCAAAGUGCACCAACGCGUUCACACUGGAGAAAAACCCUACGAAUGUGGACAGUGCGGGAAGAGCUUUUCCUAUCCAGGAGAUCUCCGAAAGCACCAGCAAAUUCACACCGGAGAGAAGCCCUACGAAUGUGGACAGUGUGGGAAGAGUUUUAUACGGAGAGACAAACUCGCCAAACACCAGAUCAAUCACACGGGCAGGAAACCACGACACAGUGGACAGUGUAGCUAACUGUUUUCAGAAGCAGAAAAACACCAACAAAUUCACACAAGAGAAGCUCAGGCCUGAAACAAAAGUUAUAAAAAAUAAAUUCCAAAAUAUGAUUUUUACUUUGGAUGUUCUCCUUCAGUCUUUUCUUCAUGUACAUUCCCCUUCUCUUCCCUCCCCUCCUGUUCUCUAUGGAGCCUUUAAAGAUGGAUAAGAGGUGGGGAUCGAAGUUAGUGGUUAGACGUUGUUGAAUGCAUGGUCGUUAAGGUUUCAGGUGUCAUCUGCAUUGUAGGAGACACUCCUACGGAUGUGAAUGAUACCAUCAAUUGAAAUGGGUGCAAUUUCAACUUCCCUAUUGGACUCAGAGCUUGUUAUUGUUAACUGCAGUAUCAUGUCAUUGUCAUGUCAUGUCAGGUCGGCUUUAAUGCCAGUUUCUUCAUAUGCACAGGUCAUACAAGGAAAUUGACAUAGCUUGUCUCUCUGUCCCAUGCAUUGACAUAGUAGACAUACACAGGAGAUUUAAAACGUACAUUUAAGUGCAAGACCGGACCAAUAACUGUGUAACAACAAUAGACAAACAGUGGUAUAUACCGAGUUUUUCCCCAAAUAAAUCUUAAAGUGUUACUAUGUAGGGUUUAAAAGUUUAAUUAUUCACUAUCCCGAGUCAGCAGAUGCUUAUUUGAGUCAAUAAUAAGUGAACAAUGACUCACAACCACUUUCACUGUCCGCUGUCAGAGAACCCUGAAUGUGACUUUUGACAGAGCGACCCGGAAACACUUCUACAUAAAAAAAGCGCUUUACAUACCGCCAGAUAUGUGCGUGUUCACAUUUGUAUCAACUGCUUGUAUUCUGUGAUGAAAACAUUCUCACAGCGAGCGUAGUUAACAGCAUUUUUUCAUGAUGGUGCUGAUUUGAGACAGGCAUGUCACGGGCAACACACAAACUACGUGAUCCUACAUUGUGCCAUUUUAAAUCAAGUGAAAAGGGAAUUUCUAUAUGUCCUGAUGCUUGUAGCUAUAUGCCACUUGUUUUUUGGUCUAAACUUUCUGAUUAUUGUGGAUUUUAUGUUAUUAUUGCUAUUAUGAUUUUGACCCUAUAGGCCUAGCAUUUUCCUGUAUUUGUAUUCUUUUUUUUAAUCAACCAUGUUCUAUUUAUUUUUUGUUUUUAUUUUAUUUUUAAUUUCUUUCUUAUUUUCAUUUUAUGUGUGUAUUUUUUUUUAUUCAUUUCAGUAUUAUUUUUAAUAUUGUUGUUAAUCUGAACUGUCAAACUUUAGGCUGCAUGUCUUGUAUGCAUUGUGCUAUACAAAUACAGUUGUUAUUGUUGCUAUUA